AUGACAGAUUCAUUAACGGUGAAGGCAGAAGGCACAAAACAGCCAGCAGUGCAAAAUACUGAAAAUGCAAAAAAGUUACCAUACUGGUUUGAAGAUGAUAUUGGGUCUAACAAUAGUGGCUUCUAUGAACUGUCUGCUGUAUUGACUCACAAGGGAAGGUCCAGCUCAAGUGGUCAUUAUGUCGGCUGGGUCAGGAGAAAGGGAGAUGAGUGGCUGAUGUUUGAUGAUGACAAGGUUCAUCCAGUGACAUCUGAAGAUAUCUUGAAACUGUGUGGUGGAGGUGAUUGGCACUGUGCAUAUGUUCUGCUGUAUUCCCCAAGGAUACUGUACUUACCAGAUGGCGUUGAAAGCAUGGAGUCAUAAAUACAAGAAAAACAGACAGAAGACCCCCUGUUUUUUCCCCAACAUCUGAGAAAAAAAUUAAGCAGUGUGAUUACAAAUUUUGCAACAGUGAAGGUUCAGUGUUGGCGAUGUAUCCAGAGGAUUUGUGGUCACUGCUGUCAGUGUGGUUAUUCCAUUUUUAAUAGAUCAGCUUGUAUCUUAAAUACAGAAAUUGCAAAUAGUACAUUUGGUUAUUUAUAUCUAAAUGGAAAUGAACUACAGUCAACAUCUGUUACUAUUGAAAUGCACUGGUGUAACAAAGCGUACCAAAUCUUCUCUAUGUUGAUAGAUUCUCUAUCUGUAAUGUUUUGCUGCCUUGUUUAUAGAAAUUUAUAACAUUGUAAAGUUUGAUUGUCAGCAGUGUCUGCUAUUGUAGACCAAUCAAGACGAAUGAUGCUGUACAAACUUUAUGGGUUUACCAUCAAUGCUUGUAUUGCAAAAUGUGAUGGAGCCAAUUUUCUGUGUAUAAAAUGUACAUUCAAACACUUACAGUAAGUCACCUAUAAUUUCAUGGAAUCUUUCACCAUCCAAUCCCUCAGCUUCAUUAUGAAGUUAAUGAAAGGUCAGCUUCUCUAGUACAAUUCAUAAUGUAGGGAGAUAUUUGAUAUUCCAUGAAAUUGUAGGUUGAUUAAAAUACUGUACAUUGUAUUCUGCCUCCAAAGAAGCAAAUGCCAGUGUCUGAUGUUUUACGCACUAUAUACUUUCAGAGCAUGUGCUUUGUAACCAGUUUUGAUUUGUUUGAUUGUUGUAACCAGUUUUGAAGUGAAAGCUCACAAAAGUUGAUGUGAAUACCUAUUGGGUUGUCAGAGCAAUAUUUGAUGUAUAUUUCAACAAGCUGGCUGAAUUCCUUGGGCUGAUCAGGUGGUGUUGAAGUUUUGUUGAUAGUUUUCGAAGAUAAGUCAUUUUAAGAGGCCUUGUUCAUUGGAUACUGUGCCAAACAGAAAACUAACCAGUAAAGACUGAAAAAAAAAAAAAA